CUGCCGCCUUGUCGUCUCCACCAAACUCAACUCCCCCACCACUCCCCCUCCCCUCCGCAUCUCGCCACUCCCCCGCCUCGUCCCUCUCUCCGGCGACCUCUCCGGCGGCGGAACGGUCGCCGCAUGGAGCUGUAGGCCUAGCGCUGAAGCUAUCUCCUUGCCCCUGCGCCGGCUGCGGCCAUGGCCAACUAUCUGGCGCAGUUCCAGACCAUCAAGUCCUCCUCGGACCGCAUCGUCAUCGCCGUUGAGGAUGUGAGUGACUUGUGGCUCAACGUCAAAGAUAGUUUUGAGCAACGCUUGCCAGUCAAGAAAGCCUGUCUCAAUAACAAGGCGAGGAACCCCGUUUUAGUGGAAAACCUACCAGCUGAGUUUAUACAGACAACUGAUUCAAGGCUGCGUAGUCGAUUUCCGCAAGAACAAUACUUGUUUUGGUUUCGCGAACCAUAUGCUACUGUUGUUCUUGUUACUUGCGAGGAUCUUGAUGAGUUCAAGACCAUUCUUAAGCCUCGCCUCAAAUUAAUUGUGCAAAAUGAUGAGAGAGAAUGGUUCAUUGUAUUUGUGUCGAAGGCCCAUCCUAGCAAUGAUCAAGCAACUAAGAUGGCAAAGAAAGUAUACGCUAGGCUUGAGGCCGAUUUCAACACUAAAAAGAGAGAAAGGUGCUGCAAAUUUGAUCUUCAUGGACCUGAUGAUGAAUUCUGGGACGAUUUUGACUCGAAAAUGGUGGACUGCAUAAGAAACACAUUGGAUAAAAGGGUCCAGUUCUAUGAAGAAGAAAACCGCAGGUUAAGUGAGCAGCGAUUCACACCAAUAUGGAACUUCUGCAACUUUUUUAUUCUGAAGGAAAGCUUGGCAUUUAUGUUUGAGGUGACUAAUCUUCAUGAAGAUUCACUCCGUGAAUAUGAUGAGCUUGAACUAUGCUAUUCAGAAUCAGUUAAUCUCCCAGGGAAACCUCGAGAAUUUGGAGGACUGGAUACUGGUGAUGAUCAGGCUGCGCUGCUAAAUCCAGGGUUCAAAGCGUUGACCCAGAUUGUUCAGGAUGACGUGUUCAGGGAAUUUGAGUUUAGGCAAUACAUAUUUGCUUGCCAGGCUAAGUUAUUAUUUAAACUGUCUCGACCAGUUGAGGUUGCUGCAAGAGGAUAUGCUUUUGUUGUCAGCUUUUCCAAGACGCUAGCCUUGCAUGAGAAUGCACUACCCUUUUGUUUCCGCGAAGUAUGGGUGAUAACUGCUUGUUUGGGUUUAAUUAAAUCCACAAGUACACAAUAUGAUGGUGGAGUUGUUGCUAUUGAUUCAGAGAAGGAGUUCUAUCGUCUUCAGGGUGACCUUUAUUCUCUCUGUCGUGCUAAGUUUAUGAGGCUUGCUUAUUUGAUUGGUUAUGGGGUUGAAAUAGAAAAAAGUCCAGUCAACAGUGCCUCAUUAAGCAUGCUAUCUUGGCCAAAGCCAGCUACUUGGCCUUCGAUUCCGCCUGAUUCGUCGGCAGAAGUAAUGGCAAAGGAGAAGACAAUUCUUCAAGCAAAAGCAAGAGAAAAGCUCUUUGACAUUCAGAGGAAACCACUGCCAUUGGAACCUUCUUCUCUUCUACGUGAAGCUAAUAGGCGUAGAGCUUUUCUUUCAGUUGGAAAUUUGUCUGAAUUAUAUGAUUCAGUUGAUGGUUCAGGUUUAGGUGCACAUUCAAAACUUUCUCCCAACAAAUCUUCUUCUAACUUGAUGACAAGAACUAUGUCUGGGCCAGCAACCUCUGAGACUUCUCUACCAGUUGAUCGGCCUAUGAGGUUGUCAGAAAUUCAUGUUGCUGCUGAGCAUGCAUUGAAACAGACGAUAUCUGAUCCUGAUUUUAUGACGUCACUUUCAUCACCAGAAGAGUUUGAGAGUAGAUAUAUGGAGCUUACUAAAGGCGCAGCUGACAAUUAUCACCGCUCUUGGUGGAAAAGACAUGGAGUUGUGCUUGAUGGAGAGAUUGCAGCUAUAUUUUUUAAGCAUGGGAAUUAUGACCUGGCUGCAAAAUCCUAUGAGAAAGUGUGUGCUCUCUAUUCUGCAGAAGGCUGGGAAGAACUGUUGGCAGAUGUUCUUCCUGAUCUUGCAGAAUGCCAGAAGAUUCUUAAAGACGAAGCUGGUUAUCUGGCUUCCUGUGUGAAGUUACUGUCUCUUGAGAGUAGCUUGUUUUCAUCUAAAGAGCGGCAGGCUUUCCAGUCAGAGGUUGUUCGGCUUGCUCACAGUGAAAUGAGGCAUCCUGUACCCCUUGAUGUUUCAUCAUUAAUUACAUUCGCUGGAAAUCCUGCUCCGCCACUAGAAUUAUGUGAUGGCGAUCCUGGUACACUAUCUGUAGCAGUCUGGAGUGGCUUCCCAGAUGACAUAACACUUGAGUCUCUCAGUUUAAGAUUGUCAGCUUUCUCUAGUGCAGAUGAAGGUCUUAAGGCAAUAAGGAGUACAGAUGCACGUGUUCUUGUACCAGGUAGAAAUAUUAUCACCUUCGACAUUCCUCCUCAAAAGCCAGGUUCCUAUGUGUUGGGCGCUCUCACUGGACAGAUUGGCAAGCUGUCAUUCAGAUCACAUGGAUUUUCUCAAGAUGGUCCAGUGGACACUGAUGAAUUCAUGAGCUUUGAGAAGCCAACAAGACCUGUUUUGAAGGUGAGAAAACCGAGGGCUUUGGUUGAUAUUACUCCUGCUGUAUCAUCUGCGUUGCUUAUGAAUGAACUCCAGUGGAUCGGGUUGAUUGUCAAGCCUAUAGACUAUUCUUUGAAAGGUGGCAUACUGCAUAUAGAUGCCGGUGCUGAACUAAAAAUUGAGGAGUCUCAGAUGAUUGAGAUAGAAAGUUACAGAAGCGAUGGGGAGCAUUCUAGUCCUAUUGAUGCUUCCAAGGUAUUAUCAAGGCCCACUGAUACUGGAAGGGUUGAGAAGGUUCCUAUCGAAAAUGGGAAGAUAAAACUGCCAGAUUGGGCUAGUGACGUGACAACGCUUGUUUGGUUCCCUGUUCGUGCUAUCAACGAUACAGUUCCAAAGGGAACAUCCCCAGCAUCCCCUCAGAAACAUAGCAUAGUAGAUGGGAUGAGAAUGAUUGCUCUCAAGCUUGAAUUUGGAGCUUUCCAUAAUCAAAUAUUUGAAAGGACCAUUGCCGUACAUUUCACUAAUCCAUUCCAUGUGAGCACACGUGUUGUUGACAAGUGCAAUGAUGGAACUCUACUUCUGCAGGUAAUAUUGCAUUCUGAAGUGAAGGCUACUCUGCAUGUAAAGGAUGUAUCAUUGGACCUACAAGCUGGAUUUGAGCACCUAGGCAAGGGAGAUGGACGUCCGACUUCGAGUUUGUUCCCUCUGGUUAUUGCUCCUUCUUCCAAAGCUGGAAUCUUGUUUGUGAUACGUUUAAGUGGCACAAAAGACCUAGAUGAGCUGGAACAGGCUGACAGCAUGUUGCAUAUUAAAUACGGGAUAUCCGGUGACCGAGCAACCGGAGCACACUCUCCAGUUCCUGUUAAACCUGAUGAUUCUGAAGAGCUUCUAUUCAAGAUUUCACUCAAACUGAAGCGCCCUGUUCUAGAUCCAUGCCUGGCAGUUGGAUUCCUUCCGUUUUCUACCGAUUGCCUGAGGGUUGGUCAAUUAGUCAACAUGAAAUGGCGGGUUGAAAGGCUGAAGGACCUGGAGGAAGCAUCUCUGUCUGACGAUGAAAUACUUUAUCAGGUGGACGCUAAUCCACAGAACUGGAUGGUUGCUGGGAGGAAAAGCGGUCACAUUUCAUUCUCAGAAGCACAAGGAUCAAGGAUCGAGAUCGCCGUGACAUGUGUCCCGCUGGUGUCGGGGUACGUGCACCCGCCCCAGCUAGGCCUGCCCGACGUAGGCGAUGCGAAUAUCAGCUGCAAUCCGGCAGGUCCCCACCUGGUGUGCGUGCUUCCUCCCACUCUCAGCACCUCCUACUGCAUACCGGCUUGAUUCAUGAGCCAUCCGUGCCAUUACGUUAGCUACUUAUAGAGGUCACCAUUUGAGAUACAAGGUGUUCUGUUUUUGCCUGGAGGCGGCCACCAUUUGAGAUACAAGGUGUUCUGUUUUUGCCUGGAGGCUAUUCUUUUUUUUUUCUAUAGGUUACAUGCACGGUGUAUAUUGAUUGACUGGGUGCGAAUCCGAAUUCUCGUGAUGAGCUGGGGGUUUAACCCUCAACAUUUGCAUUGCCCUGAGUAAUGAGUUGGGGGUAAACCCUAACAUUUGCGUU